UAAGUAUAGACUCACCUACAAGAAAAUCUCUCAGUGUGAUUAAUCGCUAAGACGGACAGAGAGAGAGAGAGAGAACUCCUUCAUUACCAGUCACGUGUACUGUACUUAGCCAUCAAUUCAAGAAAGCCAAAGUGUGAUACUUUUGAACUAAUUAUAAGAGUAAUUAAGUCUUCGAUAUGGCUGCUCCACGACAAAUGAAGGCCGUUUUAGUAGAAGAGUUUGGCGAGGCAGAAAAGAUGAAAAUAAAGACAGACGCCCCCGUGCCUACAGUUGUGGAGGGAAAGGUGCUCGUUCGUCUGUAUGCGGCUGGAAUUAACGAACUUGAACUUCGUAUUCGUUCCAAAGGCUGGCGGGGUUUCAUUGCCCCCUGCAUUCUCGGAAUGGAUGGAGCAGGUGUCGUUGAGUGCGUAGGUGACGAUGUGACGACUUGUAAGCGUGGGGAUCGUGUCUAUGUGUGCCAGCCAAUUACAGGCACGUACGCGGAGUACUGUUUAGCAGAUGCAGACAGGGUGUAUGAACUCCAUGAAAAGCUCAGUUUUGAGGAGGGGGCUCUAUUACCAAUUCCAUACUUCAGUGCGCUACAUGCUCUAACCAGAGCUCACUUUCAACCUGGUGACAGUGUCUUAGUACAGGGAGCAAGUGGAGCAGUUGGUUUGGCUGCACUUCAACUUGCUCGAGGACUGGGUGCUUCAAGUGUCUUCGGGACAGCUGGUAGCGAGAAAGGGCGGCAGAUCGUGAAGGAAAUGGGAGCGGAAGCCGUAUUCGAUUACAAGGACAAAGAUUUCAGAGAAAUUGUAAAGGCAACUAUCGGACCAAAGGGUGUGAACGUCAUCUUAGAGACCAACGUCGACGUCAACUUUGCUUUCGACCUUGACAUCAUAUCCAAACACGGUCACAUUGUGAUUAUCGGCAAGCACGGAAUAACGAAAUGUGAUCCGCAAAAUAUGGUGACAAAAGAAAGUACAGUGACUGGAAGUGCGCUGUUUUUCUGUGAUACGGAAGCGAGAUUAUCCUUACAUGAUACCCUGUAUCGUGGGAUAGAGGAAGGAUGGCUCAAACCGUACAUCGGAGGUAGAUUCAAACUGGAUGACGUCAUCGCUAGUCAUCGAGAUAUCGAGACACGCAAGGGAGCGACUGGCAAGACUAUUCUGACAUUUGAAUAAAUGAAUUGUGAUAUUGUAAAACUAUGAAAUUCACUUUCUUUUAUUGUUUCUUCCAUCUUUCAUUUAGUGUAGUUUGAAAUUUAUUUUUGCCAAUUUCUUAUUUAUAUUACCUCUUUUUUAUAUUGUGUUUAUUAUUAAUAUGAAUGACCUUCAUUCAAUGAAUUAAGAAGGAAAAUGCGAAGAAAUGUUCAUUUGCCUAUCAUUAAAAAUUUAAAAGCUGAAAAGCAAAAGAACACGAAACAAACAAAAAUCAACUGUCUUCAAUGACAAAAUUGAAAACUUGUAUUCGACAGCACCAUGCUGACAGCAAUACAACUCGAGAAGAAUUAUUAUUUAAAUUAAAAAAGUCUUGUGAGGUACACUGCCUUCCGAAAGUUCAGGUUAACCUCUUAUCGGAACUAACUUUUCACAAUCAACCCCGUUUCAUUUAUUAUCAGGUUUGUGGCACUGCAACAAUUUGCUAUCAAACUGAAGAGUUUGCAUCCGUUUUCAUUUUGGGUGAUUGUGAAAAAUCAGUAUUGAUAACAGGUGUACCCAUCGAAUUUCUGUUGAAAGGAUCCGGAAGGUUCCGCGAUCGAUCGGAAAUAAAAUUGGCCACGACAACCUGUUCAAGACGGGAAGAAAUUAUAAUAUUCCUUUCAAAUGUUGCCUUUAUACAAA